AUGUCAAGACGUUUGAGGAGUGCGAAUGUAUUAUUAGAGAGAAUAAAUGAUAUCGAUGCAGAAUGUUCUGGAGAUGAUCAGGAAAUUCUGGAUAUGGAAAAUGACAAUACGGAAAAUUAUGAUCCAUUUGAAACCGACUCGAACACCGAUGAGAACGAAGAGAAUACUUCGAGCGUACGUAGACGACGAAAGAGAAGGAGAUUUUUAGUUAGUUCCGAUAGUGAGAAUGAGGAAGAGGCAAGCGAAAUUGCGAUGGACGGAACUGUUUGGCAGGAAGUAAAAAUAGGGUCUAAUCCUGGAAGAGCACCUGGUCAUAAUAUUUUUAGGAAAACAUCAGGCCCUGCUGGGUACAGUAAACGUAAUAUUAUGAAAGGCGAAGUUAGGACGGCAUUUUCUGUGAUAAUUGAUAAGAAUAUAAUCGAACUUAUAAGAAAGUGCACAGAGGCAGAGGCAUUUAGAGUGUUGGGAUAUAAAUGGGAACUGUCUACUGCUAAGUUAUAUGCAUUUUUUGCAAUUCUGUAUGCACGCGGCGCAUAUGAGGCGAAGAAUAUAGAUGUAGCUCUUCUAUGGAAUAAAAAGUGGGGCCCGCCUUUUUUCUCAAAUACUAUGAGUAGACAUGACUUUACGGAGAUUAUGAGAUUUAUUCGAUUUGACGACAGAAAUCAACGAAGCCAACGGUUACAAACCGAUAAAUUCGCUAUGAUUUCCGAAGUUUGGAACAAGUUUAUUGACAACAGUCAAAAUUGUUAUAAACCAGGACCAUAUAUUACUAUUGACGAACAAUUGUUUCCAACGAAAGCAAGGUGUAGAUUCACUCAAUACAUGCCCAAUAAACCGGACAAAUUUGGUAUCAAAUUUUGGUUGGCAUCCGAUGUACGUAGCAAAUAUAUAAUAAACGGCUUUCCAUAUUUGGGAAAAGAUGAAAGUAGAGAACCCUCAGUUCCUCUUGGAGAGUUUGUCACUAUGAAAUUAGUAGAACCGUAUGUAGGAUGUGGAAGAAAUAUAACCACAGACAACUUUUUUACAAGCCUACCUUUAGCAACAAAACUUUUAGCAAAAAAAACUACGAUUGUUGGGACAAUUAGAGCAAAUAGGAAAGAGCUACCAAGAUCGGCAAAACUGAAAAACGACGACAUGGCACUUUUCUCAACCAAACUCUAUCGCUCAAAUAAUUGUAUGUUGACAAUUUACAAAGCCAAAACAAGAAAGAAAGUUCUAAUUCUCAGUUCAAUGCACAACUCCGUACAAGUUGAAAAAAAUGACACCCGAACACCGGAGACAAUUCAAUUGUAUAAUAGCACCAAAUUUGGCGUAGAUGUGACCGAUCAAAUGCAAGUAUUUUUUAAUAUCUGCCAGAAAGUGUUCGAUUUAGCCGGGAUAAAUGCAUGGGUGUUAUAUAAAGAAACUACGGGAGAAGAAAUUACAAGACAGGAAUUUCUAUUCCAAUUGGCAGAGGAACUUGCCAUCGAAUACCAACAAGAGCUCGGCAAAGAAAAUCAACCAGUACCCAUCGCAAGUACAAAUACACGUUCCCGUGAACGGAAAACAUGUCAGAUAAGGUUUUGUAAAGAUAAUAAGACGAACAAAAUCUGUUUAAAAUGUAAAAAGAUAAUGAUAAAUGUCAACACGAUUGUGUUAAAAAAAGGUUUAAUAAAGAAAUACAAUUUGGAAAAGCAACAAUAA